CUCUUUAGAAUGCUGUCAACGACUACCGAGAACAAGAACUCUUGAAAUCAGAGGUAACAUGUCUGAUAAUCAAGCAAAACUACACUUUCUUUUCAUUUUAUGGAAUUUUGGGUAUGCUCAUAGCUCAGAAAAUUUAUGGUGUUAUGGUUGUAAUACGAAUUUGACAGAGGGAAGAUCUCAAGAAUGCAAUGAUCCUUAUGCCCCAGGACCAAUGGUUGAUUUAAUCCAGUGUCCCCAAAACGAAUCGCACCAUUGUCUCAAGAGCAUAAUAGUCUAUCAUUCCAUACUGACAACAGUGAGAGGAUGUGUACCUUCUACAAAAGUAAACUCUUACUGCGAUAUUAAUAAAUAUCCAGAUGCAAAAAUCGAUUGUUACUUUUGCUCAGUUUAUGCUUGUAAUCAUUCAGAUUUACUAUCUUCAAAUUUCCUCACAAUAAUUUCAAUGAUUUCAGUAUUAUUAUGGAAAUGUAGUGCAUUGUGGGCCUUUUAA